GCAACCGGCACCAGAUAAACGAUUUAUCAUGAGUGACAGUCAGAACACAGGAGGUACUGCUAAACAUCAACAGGGAGACCGUAAUGACUGCCAGGCGGAGUGUUUGGACGUUGGGCCACACAUAACAAAACAAUAUUUUGUCGCUCCUCCUGGGUCAAUCAACAUCACGUCCGUGACACAUGACGCUGUGUCUCUGAGCUGGGACCCUCCUCAAGGACUGACUGAAUCUAUGAGAUUCAGAGUCACCUGGAAAUGUGAAAGCACAAGAGAUCUGCUCUGUUCUGAAGUGCCAGUUCCAAAUCUUUGCAUUCAAGGCCUCACUCCAGGAAUGAAAUAUGAAUUUACUGUAGUCACCAUCAAUGACACGGGAGAGCAAAGUCUGAGUGUUUCAACAACCAAAACAACAGAUGUUCUUGCGCCAAAGGAACUGACGGUGAACGAAGUCACCACAACAUCAGCUCACCUUAGCUGGACUCAGCCAUAUGAGAUGGACCUGACUUCUCAUAGUUUCCGCAUAUCUUACUCCAGUACAGAGAAAGAUGAAGAGUUUAUCUCCACUUCCUCGUACCGCACAGUCAUCACAGGCUUAAAACCAGACACAGAGUACACUGUCAGUGUCUCCGUUGUGUGCCACAGUGGAAUUUGCCAGCCUGCUACAACUACCUUCCAUACUAAUGGUGACGAGAGACCUCUUAAAGACAAGCAAGACUCCAUCACCUCUGCCUCUAAAGAUCUCCCUCCUCCUGGGCCAAUCAAGAUCACGACCGUUGCACAUGGCGCUGUGUCUCUGAGCUGGGAACCUCCGAAAGGACUGACAAAGUCUAUGAAAUUCAGAGUCACCUGGAAAAGUGAAAGGGAAGGAGAUCUGUACCGAUCUGAAGUGCCAGUUGCAAAUCAUCGCAUUCAAGGCCUCACUCCAGGAGUGAAAUAUGAAUUUACUGUAGUCACCAUCAGUGACAGUGGUGGGCAAAGUACGAGUGUUUCAACAACCCAUACAACAGAUUGUGAUGAGAGAUCUUCUAAACACAAGCAACACUCCACCGCCUCCGUCUCCGCCUCUGAAGGCCUUGUCAAUGGGAAACAAAGUGGUUCGGACAGGGCCAUAAACAAUUCCAGCCAAUCAGCACUGUUGUCCAGGAACACGAAGGGAGAUGGUGACAAUAGACCUCCUGAACACAAGCAAUACUCCACCAGCUCUACCUCUGAAGGCCUUGUACAUGGGAAACAAAGUGGCUUGGACAAUUCCAGCCAAUCAACACGCUGGCCCUGGAGCACGAAGGGAGUGCCUUCAAGGAAGACAUAUUACACUCUUGCUACUGGAAUGUCGGCGAAAUACUCUCUGGGCAUCAAAAAAUAUCUCACACAUCUGUCUGAGGUGAAAUCGGAACAGACUUGUGAUAUGAUCCUGGCUGCCUGCAUAGUUGUGUCUAAUGCUGGAAGGGAUGUUGAAGCAGCACUGAAAGACAUCCCUGAAGCCAAGCCGACCAUUCUGGUGGUUCUGCACCAUACCAUUGACCCUGAUCAUGUAGUACGAGACAGCAGUAAGUUUACCAAAAGGGAUGACAUGCUCAUUGUGGACUGUCUGUUUAAUGAGGAUGAUGGAUUAUUGAGAUGUGAAAGAAAUGACAUUGCACAAUCUACAAUGCUGAAAUGGAUUGACACAAAGGUACAAAACGGAGCACAAAUCCACCAACCACAAGUAUGUAAUUCCACUUCAUAUUCACAUUCUCAGUAUUAGUUUUUGGUUUUAUAUAUUCACAUAUUCAGUAUUGCUUUAAAUAUAUAAGGCAUCUUGUUUUUUCAUCGUUUAGCAUUUGUCAGUCAGUGACUGUGUGGAUUGUGUCUGUACCUUUGGAGAGAUUACAUACAAACUGUUUAUAGACAGAUGGAUGGAUGGACAUGCCACAACUAAACACUCUGAUAUUCCAGGUGUCCACUAAAGAAACAUCAUGGAGUCUUUCCUCAUUUAAGUGGUCCUGAUGUCUAUGAGGUGAUUUGAAGUCGGGCCUUGGAGAAUCCCAUGAUCAUCUUGUUCUUAUGUUGUUCUUAUUUUAAAUAGUUUGGCAUGAAUGUCCGAAGCCCACUCUAAACACAAUAAUCUUAAACAAAUACAAGUACCUACUAAUCUUGAUUAAAUGUUCAAAAGAAUGUCUCAUCCUUAACUUUCUUAAACAUCUUUAACAAUGCCUUUUGGAGAUCAGUUCAUCUUCUACUUGCUUAACUAUUCACAGUAAUAUAUAUAUUUGUUUUGGCAUAUCACUGUCAAGCAAGGUAUCUAAAAUUGUGUAUAUUGUGUAGUGGAACAGAUGAACAGCUACACAGUUAUCUUGCAUACAGACCACGACCCAGAGCGGUAACAUGUCCUAUGAUAGCCAUUUCUAAUGACUUUGCAUUAUAUCAUGUUACGAUUGUAUGCAUAUCAUAAAGUAUUAUAAUAAUGGUUAUACUCACAAACAAGUGUUAGACUCUAUAGCAAUGUACAUAAUGCAUUAUGAGGUGUUGAUUUGAUGUAUUAUAACUAAUGGUAAUACCAGACUAUAUAAUCUCAGACCAUGGUGCAUAGUGCAUUAUAACCACCAAUCCUGCCUAGUUAUAAAUACACACCAGUCACUGUGCUGAUACAUUUUAACAAUUUAUGAUUAUAGACUGCACAUGAUGGAAUAAUACCCUAGUCAUUUUGUAUGUAACAUAGCAGGUCUCUGCUAGCUUUAAGUAAAGUAUGAAGAUGUUCUUACCAGUAUUAAAUAGCAUAGGCAAGUGUAGGAUCAUAGACAAAGAGUAA